AUGGCGUCCAGCCGAAAGUAUGCUGCCCUGCCGGACCUGGAUUCCGCGCCAGAUAUCUACGAAACACCAGAACUCACUGACGACAAUUCCACAGUUCCGCCUACAACUGUGAGGUCGCCCUCCGAUAACGAGUUCGAUGAGGAAGAUGAUGAUUCCGCCGCCAUCUCCCGGUCGCGUCUCCGGAUCGAUGAGGCCCGUUCGAGGUUCAUGCCUGCUGCAGUAGACGCCAGCGAUGUCGACUUCUCAGACCGGCUCAACAGCAAGAGAAAGUCCUACAAGACAGCAAGUCGGCGACAACGGAUACUAGAGGAUGGCACCGAGGAGCUUGGCGACCUAAGCGACGAGGAUGACGCAGAAAAUCUGGCGAGAAAGCUUGCACGACUAAAGCGCGAAAUCGAGGAAGCUAAGGAGGAGUACGAGAAGCAGAAGGCAGCGUCAGAGCAACCCAAAGUAGAUGCGGCGGGCCAGGACGAGGAGGAGCUUGAAUCCCUGAGCAGGACCUUGGAUGAGAUGUCAAAGCUCGAUGACCUGCUUGCGCCCAGGACUACUUCCGCAGGACCAACUAAGUCUGUUCGCAUCGACGAGGGACCGCUAGAAGCAACAGAAGGCUCCGCGAGCUACACCGUCACCUAUGCGCCAACCUACGAGGAAACACAUGCGCUAGCAAAGGCAGCCGACUUUGACCACCGACUUGUCAUUCUGGAGAAGGCCAUGGGGGUUGGGUCCCCAGAGAUGCCCGAGUUCGACUCGAACGGCCUGCCGAGAGCGAUACUACCGAUUCUGGAGACUCUCCACAGUCAAGUCAAGACCUUGUCCGAGGCGUCGACAUCCUCGUUGGACAGCAUCACCCGCAGAGUCCGUACCUUGGCACAGGAGGCCGAAAGUCUCGAGAAAGCUCGCAAAAAUGCAAAGGCAGCUCAGGAGGCGCUUGCAUCGACGGGUGCGACACCAGUGACAGAUCCAACUGCGGCCGAGGACUCGGAGCUGACGACUAAGAUCAACGCCCUAUACGGAACCAUCCCAACGAUCGAGAACCUGACACCUCUACUGCCCCCUCUGCUAGACCGUCUAAGGUCUCUCAGGGUGAUUCACGCCGAUGCCGCCACAGCAUCGGAGACGCUGUCACGUUUGGAAGCAAAGCAGGCCGAUAUGGCGGGUGAUAUUCAACAAUGGAGGGAAGGCCUCGAAAAGGUUGAGACAGCCAUGAAGGAUGGAGACGCUGCCAUGGUUAAGAACAUGGACGUUAUGUCGGGCUGGAUUAAGGAGCUGGAGGCGAAGAUGGCGAAGCUGAACUGA